AUGCCGGUGAUGAAUGGCUAUGAGGCGACGAGGCGCAUCCGCGAGGAAGAAAUCCGCCACGGCGUCUGCACCCCGAUCAUCGCACUGACUGUGAAUUCCGCAGAGGAAGGGCUGCAGGAGGCCGUCGAAGCUGGAAUGGAUCUUCACCUGACAAAGCCGAUACCAAAGCCGAAGAUCGCAGGGGUUGUUCUUGAGCUCUGCAAACAAGACAAGAACUGA